AUGCACAUCCUGGUCACCAACGACGACGGCCCGCCGUCGAGCAAGGCGUCGCCCUACAUCCACUCCUUUGUCAACCACCUCAAGGCCGCCGGCCACGAUGUAUCCGUCUGCCUGCCCAACACGCAGCGCUCGUGGAUUGGCAAGGCGCACAUGAUUGGCCAGACGCUAAAGCCGCUGUACUUUCGCCCGUCGGCUAGCGUCUACGGCGACGACACCGAGGGCACCACCAACACACGCCCGGACACAUCCGGCGCGGCGGGCGACGACGACGAGGAAUGGAUUCUGGUAGACGGCACGCCCGCGUCGUGCGUGCAGAUUGGCCUGAACCACUUCUUCCACCACAAGGGGCCGGUCGACCUCGUCGUCAGCGGGCCCAACUACGGCCGCAACACGACGGCUAUUUUCGCGCUCAGCUCCGGCACUCUCGGCGGCGCGCUCGAGGCGGCCGUCUGCAAGGUCAACGCGAUUGCCGUCAGCUUUGCCUUUUUCUCGCGCAACCACGACCCCGUCAUCAUCGACGCGGCGUGCCGUCAGAGCGUCAAGGUCAUCAACGGGCUGUACAAGCAAUGGCCGACCGACGGCAGCGUGGAUCUGUAUAGCGUCAACGUGCCUCUUGUAGAGGCCGUGGACACGCGCAAGAUUUAUCUGACUAAAAUGUUGCAAAAUUACUGGCAGGCCGGUGGCUGCUUCGAGGAGAUUGACGACCCCAGCGCUGCGGACCCCAACCAGGAAGAGGCCAAGAUCCGAGAGGAAGAUUCGUCAGCAGCUCCGGACAAGAAGGCUAGUGGCACAGGACACAAGCAUAAGCACUUCAAAUGGGCUCCGAGAUUCACCGACGUCUACACCAGUGUGGAGGAGGCUGGACCUGGAUCCGACGGAUGGGUAGUCAAAGAAGGUCACACCAGUGUGACACCUCUCAAGGCAAACUUUGCCCAGGCUGAUGUAGGAGACGGCCAACAAGAGCUGAAUUUUUCAGAGCCUGCUGUGCAGGAAGAAAGCAGCGUACUAGUCAUGAGAGAGAAGCAAAAGGAUAGCACCGAUUCCGGCAAGAUUCAAGCGUUUGUCGCAUACGAAGACGACUAUGUGCAACCACUCAUCGUAUCUGCGCUCAAGUCACUCCUGCCAGACGACGUGAUGGACUUAAUCACUGCUGUGACGAGCUCCGACGACGGCGCGUUUUCUGCGUCACGCGCGCUUUCGUCGCCCCGUGGCCGGGCGCUGCAAAUCAUGCCAUACGAGACUCUCGACUUUGACCACGCCUCUGCCCACCCUGAUUCCUACAUGAUCAACAGCUACAUGAUUCGCAAGGCGCUGAUCCGCAAGCACUAUCUCUCGACGACGGUCGAGCACUGGGUCGCCAAGAAGCCGGAUUCGGUGCUCAAGACGCACGUGAAGCGCAGCGAGGCGUUCGAGGUUGACUAUGCCGAGUUCCUGGACGACGCCCUCGUUGAAGCAUUUGAUCUUCGUGAAAGCCUUGCUCGAAACGAUGCGCUGGAUUCGGACCCGGCGGCGCCGGCGGCGCCGCAGGACAGGGAGUGGUGGAUAUUGAAGCCCGGCAUGAGCGACAGAGGGCAGGGCAUCCGCCUGUUUAGCACAAUGGACGAGCUGCAGGCCAUUUUUGACGGGUGGGAGGAGGACCAGCCCGACACCGAUGAGGAGGAGGAGGAGGAGGAGGAGGCAGUCGCGGCGACGGCGGAUCAGGUCAACGAUGAUGACGAAAAGGACUACAUUACCACCUCGCACUUGCGGCACUUUGUCGCUCAACCGUACAUCCACCCGCCGCUGCUGCUCCGCGACGGCGGCCACAAGUUUCACAUCCGCACCUACGUCCUCUGUGUCGGCAGCCUCCGCGUCUUUGUCUACCGGCCGAUGCUCGCCCUCUUUGCGGGCAAGCCGUACCGCGCGCCGUGGGAGGCGCCCGACGACCCAGACACCUUUCUGACCAACACGUGCCUGCAGCAGGACGCGGAAUCCGCCGCGACGGUGCGGCGCUUCUGGUCGCUCGACGAGGUGCCCGCGGCGAGGAGGGAGGACGUCUUUGCGCAGGUGUGCGCCGUGACGGGCGACGUGUUUGAGGGCGCGGCGCGCGCGAUGCCCGUCCACUUCCAGCCGCUGCCCAACGCGUUUGAGGUGUUCGGGCUCGACUUUUUGGUGGAUGCGCGGGGGCGGGCGUGGCUGCUCGAGGUGAAUGCGUUUCCGGAUUUCAAGCAGACGGGCGCCGACUUGGAGGGCAUCGUGGCGGGCUUCUGGAGAGGUGUGGUGCGCGAGGCGGUCGUGCCGUUUUUCGGAAUCGAUGAGAAGAAGAAGAAGCUGCUGGGAGGUGGCGGUAGUAGGGAGGAGCGCGGGGAUAUGGUGUGUGUGCGGGAUGUAGACUUGGGCCGGCGGUGA